UCAUUUUGACGGGCCAAACAGUGUGACAACUCUGGCGACGGCAAGGCGAAUGAAAAUUGGCUAAACAGCAAGCCGAGUGAACACAAUGGAAUUGUGUUAACAAUAACGCACAUACAAUGCCACUCGCGUCGCCUAGCUAACUCUGUUAACCUCCUCAUCAACAUUGGCCGUUAGCAGCUUCCACCAUUGCAUUCGCAUCAUUCACUCACUGCCAGGCACAGCAAGGAGAGCAAUCAAACAUGCCCAUGAGUGAUGUGGCUGCAGCUUUAAUCUACACGGAGCAAGGCAACGGCAAACACGCCAAGUCCCAACCAACAACGAUAACAACAACAACUGGAGCCACUGGGGCUGCAGCAGCCGGCAUGACCAACUCUUCCUCCAAGUCGGAUUCAAUUGGUAACGCUGCUGCAGCUGCAGCUCAGCUGGGCAACAUGCUGUCGCCUUCUUUGAUCAGCAUGCAGGGCCAGAAGUGGCAGCAGGUCUUCGACCUGGAUAAGGUGAUCAAGCAACUACGCGCAGCUGAGAAGACACAUCUGCGCGGCAACAGCAAGACCUCGUCUGCCGGCGGCACUGCUGCUCCGCAUGUUGUGCAGGUGCAGCGUCUGAAUGCCUCCGACAUGGCCUACUAUGAUAUGGUGCCGAAGCUGGCGACACGUGACAUUGUCGUGUGCAACGCCUGCAAUGGCAGCUACACCAAGGCCGGUUUCAACAAUCACAUCGCACUGCAGCACCCGAGCAUCUGGGAUGCGGCACCCAACAAGUUGAGCAGCAGCGCCGGCGGAGCGACGACAGCAACAGUUGCUUCCGUCGCCGACAGCAGUCAGGAUGGCGAGCUAUUGGGCUCGCCCACGGACACGCUGUCGGCGACCAUGUCCAGCUGUUCGAACGGCUCCAGCAGCUCCCUGGCAGCUAUCAAUAAUAGUAAUAACACCAAUAUCAGUUCGGCCUCGGCCUCGUCCUCGUCGUCGUCGCGUCAUAAAAGCAGCAGCAGCAAGAGUAGCAGUUCCUCAAAGACCGGCAGCAGCAGCACUGGUCGCUCCCGUUCCAAGUCAUCCAAGAAUCGCCACCACUCGGAUGUGCACCACACCAAGGUGGGUGGCUCCAAGAAGAGCAGUGCCAUAGCCACCGCUGCCACAGCACCGGCACCCGUUGCAGCAGCAACUGUUGUUGCCGUCAAGGAGGAGCUGCCAGCAGCAGCCGGCGCCCAGCCAGGUAUAGCUGUCUUCUCCUCGUCAUCGAAUUCUUCGUGCUCGCUGCCGCCGACUCCGGCAACAGUUGCUGGCAACGGCAAUGGCAACGAGCACGGCAUCAACUACUCACCCGCCAACAACAUGCUGGACGAGCAGCAGCAGCAGCAGCAUCAGCCAAGCAAAAAGAAGCUGAAAACGACCGGAGCAGGCGAAGCCACAUCCCAUCAUCGCAGCAAACCUGCCAAGGAGAAGCAACUGACGCCUAUCUACGAGCAGCAGCAGCAGCAGCAACAGCAGCAGCUGAAGCAGGAGGAGCUGCAAGCAGAGGCAACAGCGCAAUUUAAUGUCUACAAUGUGCCCUCGCUGACGGACGAUGUGGAUGAGUCGGCGCAGGUGGCCGGCGACGAGCAACUGAUGCUGCCCAGUAUUAUCUAUGAGAUUACCGACAAUAACCAGGUGUCUGUCCUGGAUCAGCAGAGCCAGCAGCAGGUCAUAGCCGAGUUUCUCACCCAGGCGGGCUACGACAAUGUCGACGUGAAUGUGAAUGUGAACGUGCUGCAGGAGGGCGUCAAUGUCGGCGGCAGCAGCGGCAACCAGAUGAUGCACGAUGAGCUGGGCGAAUUUGAUUUUAGUAAAUUGGAGACUGUUAGCGGGGAUGCCAACAACCACACAAAGACUGUCAAGCUGGAGAACAACCAGCCACAACAACAACAACAACAACAACAACCACUACAACCACUACAACCAACGGGUGGCAACAGCAAUGGCUUCAACCACUUUGAGGGCGUGCUGCACGCCCAGCCACAUCGCCAACUGGCCAAUGCCAAAUACCACGAUGAUUCAACGUACUUUAAUAUGACACUAUACUCGGGGCCGCCCCGCCCCCUGGCCAUGAACACCUUCGGCUUGGUGAAGCUGCCCAAUGGCAUGGGCGCCACGUUGCGCAAGAAUCUCCUAACUACUCGCAAGGCCAACAAUAGUUUGCUCUCGCUCAAUGGCAGCAGCGGUGUCGUGGGUACCUUGGCGCGUGCCCCGCCCCCGCCGCCUACUAUCAAUUGCAACGGCAGCAGCAAUGGCUCGCCGCAGCAGCUGUUGCUGCCACGCGUUGCUGCCGGUCAGGGUAAGACUAUCUAUGCCCAGAGAUGCAGCGUCAUAGCGCAGGAGCGAUUGCGAUGCAACAAGCGGGCGUUGUUCACUAAACUGAGCAACAGCAACAGCGCUGGCAACAUAACAGCGAAGCGCCUGCAAGAGUUGCUGGCGGGCAAACUGAAGCCGGAGAAGGAAAAGGAGAAAGAGAAGACGGAUUUUAGCGAAGCUAGCGAACAACAGUUGCAACAGCAGCAGGAGGAGAACAAGCGCAUGCACAGUUUCUAUGAGAAACGGCGCAAGUUGCUCACAACGCGACAGCAUCGACACUUGCCGAUCGGCGGCAGUGGCAUCAGCAGCAUUCGCCCGUUUAAGCGCCAGCGACCUAUGCAUUUACCGCUGCAGCUGCACGGCCAGAGCAACAACAGCAGCCACAGCAACAACAAUGCCAUUGGCAGUCCGCAGCAGCAGUUGCUAAAGAAGCAGCUGUUGCGCACCUUGUCCGACAGCAGCAACAUUCAACUGACUGCAACAGCAACUGCAGCACCUGUGAGCGGCAAUGGCGGCAGCAGCAACAAUCCGUGGAAGAGCAACAGCUCGACGCCGGGCAGCAAUUCGGCGGGCAGCGAUCUAAUGCGUGUAUUUGUCUGAAUAUAUACAAAUACUUAUACAUUAUACAAAAUAUGCUAAAUGAUUA